GCACGCCCGACGCGAAUGUUCGCUCGCGUUUUGAAUUUCAUUUUCGGAUGAAAACUCGGGUUCUUAAGAAAAAUAAGUCUUGUGUAUGGCCAGUGUUGUUUCAUAUCGUGAAUAUAUGAAAGAAGAACGCUGUUUGACAUUGAAAUCUUCUUAAAUAAUUAAAUAUGGACGUCAAAACGAACUAAUCACACUAAAGAAUAUUUUAGUGUGCAGCCAUGUUCGUUUAGUUAUUUAGUUUAAUAAAAACUAACUCAUAUGCACAGAGAGGCAUCAUUCGUAUUCCGGGACUCUCUGAAAUUAAGACAGAAACUGUUACAAAGGACGACGACGUAUUUUAAAGUCGUCGAGUUCGUUAAAAAAGACGCAAUACGAUACUUUACUUACGAUUACGAAAUACAUCAAACUUAAUAUUAGAUAUAUUAUGAACAUAUUCAUAGGUAACGAUUACCACUCGAAGAACCUCGUCAAGUUGAAAACGAUUUGAUUUAUGUACAUUUUAUUUUAAUAAUAAUAUUGACAAUAAAUAAAUAUUAUUAAGAUUAAUUUAUUCAAAAUAUUUAAGUUUAGAAAUCUUAAACAAAUUCACACAGUGGAUUCACAGCUUUAUUCAGUAAAAUAAAAUAAAAAUAUAUCUGUCACCAAUCGAUUCCAUUUUUGAACUAAAAUGGCUGCAAAAGCAGAACCAAUUGGGCCAAGAAAUGGCCAUGAAUUGGCGCCAUUGAACACGAGGGCAGAUGGCUCGGAAAGGCCUCACGGAGUGACAAUAGUACUUCAAGGAUCGAGGAACUCAUUACAAAGAGAUGCUCCGGAGGAGGAUAGAGCUGCCUGGUCUGGAAAACUUCAGUUCUUUUUAUCCAUUAUCGGUUAUUCGGUAGGGUUGGGCAACAUUUGGCGGUUUCCGUAUCUGUGCCAACAAAAUGGCGGAGGAGCGUUUCUCAUCCCUUUCCUUAUCAUGUUGAUAUUGGAAGGCAUCCCUCUGUUCUUGAUUGAAAUGGCAAUCGGUCAGAAGAUGCGUCUCGGUUCCCUCGGAGUCUGGAACACCAUACAUCCCUGGUUAGGCGGGAUCGGGAUAGCCAGCUGUGUCGUCACGCUGUUCGUGGCCUUGUACUAUAACGUCAUCAUUACUUGGGUCUUCUUCUACCUCUUCAACAGUAUCCGGCUUAGCGCAGAUACGCUACCCUGGGCACAUUGUCCUCAAGACAACGGAACGGCCGAAGCUGAGUGUACUAAAGCUUCAGCUACCGUCUACUAUUGGUACAGGGAGGCCUUAGAUGCGUCACCAAGCAUUGAAGAACCUGGUGCUCCUCGUUGGUGGAUCGUUCUUUAUUUGCUCCUGGCUUGGAUCAUCGUUUUCUUCAUUGUUAUGAAGGGUAUACAGAGCAGUGGUAAGGUCGUAUACUUCACAUCUCUGUUUCCUUACGUCGUGUUGACCAUUUUCUUCGUCCGCGGCAUAACGCUACCAGGUUCAGCUGACGGUAUUAUCCACAUGUAUAAACCGAAGCUUCAUAAAUUGCUAGACCCAACUGUAUGGCUUGAUGCUGCUACUCAAGUCUUCUAUUCGUUUGGUCUCGCUUUUGGUUCUCUCAUCGCCUUCGGUUCCUACAACACACCCAACAAUAAUUGUGUUAGGGAUGUGUUGCUCGUGUCUGUGUGUAACGCUCUGACCGCAAUCUAUGCUUCUGUUGUCAUCUUCAGCAUCCUCGGCUUCAAGGCUUACACGAUGGUCGAAAAAUGCAUCACCAAGGAAAUAAAGAUACUGGCUAUGCACCAUAUCGGUGAUUUUGUUUUGAAUUCGACGCAAGAAUACUAUGAGGAGAACUAUCCGAAUUUGGGUAACAACAUCACUUCCGCACUGAAUCUUACAGGAUGUGCCAUGAGCAGGCAGCUGGACGAGGCGGCAGAAGGUACAGGUCUUGCGUUUAUCGUAUUCACGCAAGCAAUCCUGAAACUGACUCCAGCUCCGUUCUGGUCUAUCAUCUUCUUCCUCAUGUUGCUCUCCCUGGGUCUCGGCAGUCAGAUUGGUAUCAUGGAAGGCAUGCUCUGCACUAUAUUCGACAUUGACUUCUUCAAAAGAUUCAGCAAGCCCGUUAUUACUGGUUUCGUCUGCACCAUAUGCUUCUUCGUGGGCCUCAUCUUCACGACUGGCGCCGGCGAGUACUGGCUCAAGAUGUUCGACUCGUUCGCUGGCACAAUCGGCCUCGUCGUUGUUGCUCUGCUCGAAAUGAUCGCCGUCGUUUACAUCUACGGGCAUGAAAGAUUCACUAAUGAUAUCUACGAAAUGACCGGCUACCGUCCUGGCCUGUACUGGCAGAUCACCUGGCGCUACGUCGGACCCUUCAUCGUAUCCUGCAUUCUACUGUCUUCUCUCAUCUUCAUGCUCCUCAAUCCGCCGAUGUAUGGAGCUUGGAAUGCUGCAGAGGGUCGUGUGGAAAAAACUCCAUAUCCAUCAUGGGUGCUCGGCAUCGCUGUGGCCAUGAUUCUGGCAGGUAUCCUGCCUAUACCUGUUGUACUUCUGUUGAGAAGAUUCCAAUGCCUCGCCCUGGAUGUGGACAUCCACCAGGGCUCCAUCAGGAGGAUCGAGACCACCGUCUCCACUAAGGAGAUGAUGAGCGACCAGGAUGUUAUAUCGCCGGAGAGCGCACCGCCAGCUCAGCUGCUGCCAGAUGCGGCCGCCAAGUUCACCAUCGGCGACUUCGAUGGAGUGGACAGCAGUGACGAGAGACCAACCAGACUUCCGACCAGCAUCGUGCGACGUCCCAAGAAAUAAAUUCUUCAGAUUCGGAGCAAACACCACGCACGACAGAUCGCUUCGAAGACUCGAGUAGUAGUGACGAGGAAAUUCUAAAUGCAAAAUAUUCAACCGGAACUGGUAUACGGUUAGCCAUGAAACCGAUCAAUUACAAUCCCAACACAUUCAAGAUGGACGUCGUUGACUGAUUAAUUUCAUUUCAAUAGUUAAUAAGCGAACAUUUUUAGUGUUAAAUCACUAUAUAUUUAUUAAAAUAAUUUACAUAUAUGUUUAUUUAUAAGUAAUAACAAACUAUUACGUAAUUUAAUAUUUUAUCGUUUUGACUCUACUACCACUUACCAUCAGGUGGAGUAGAGUCAUUUGACCUCCCGGCAAAUAUAAAAAUUUAUAUAUAUAUAUAUAUAUAUAUAUAUAUAUUUUCGAUUAAUUUCAAAUCGAUAUUUGAAUUCUGAGAUUCUUAAUAGUUAUAGACUUUAUCCGGAAAAAAUAAGAUUGAAAUAAAGAAAAAUUGCUUAAAACUUACGCUUAGAAAACAAAAUCAGUUUUAAGUAGAAUCAGAAAAAUACAAAGAUUUUUGUUUCUUUAAUCCUAUUCAUAUUUAAAUGCAGACAACAUCUACGCGCGGUUCUAAAUUAUAAUAAAUUUUUAAAAUAACGAAAUAGUUCAAAAAAUACAAUAUUGCCUUUGUAACUUAAGUGAUGUGUGUAAUACUAGCAAUCGCCUAAAAACCGGUUAAAUUAGAUUGAUGAGAUAAAUUUUAAUGGAAGUCGAUUAUAUAUUUUUUAUCUUAACACAUAUAUCUCUAUAGUACUGUUUAACGAUACAAUUUUUUUUUAAUUUUUAUUUUGGACAAUGAAACGAGCUUUUUGUGUGUGAGAUUAUAUUUUUUUUGUAAGUUUUCGGUCCUUUACUCAUUAAAAAUAAUUAUUAUUUACUAUAAUAUAAAAUUACUUUAAAUUUAAUUAUAUAAAAUGUACAGCUAUUGUAACAAAAAGUACAUGCAGAAUUUGUCGACUUCUAUUGUAAAACUGCUACUUACAAAACUUACAAAAAAUUGAUUAAUUUUUAAAAUGGUUUUGGCGUACUUUUUCUUGUUACUUUGUGAACCUUAAAUUUCAAUGAAAAAUCGUAUUAUGUCAAACUAAAUCUAACUAAUAAAACUCCACUUCUCAAGUAUAAUUAAUAGCUAUUAUUAUAUAAAAUAUUGAGAUUUUAGGUUUAGACAUAGCUUAAUAGAAGCUUAAUAAUGUUCUAUUUUAACUAGUUAUCAAAAAGGUUAGGUCUGGUAUAACCGACGUUUCACUGUAAAAUAGAUUUUGGCACAUAGAUAUAAUUAUUCCAAUUCAUAUAAUAGGUUUUGAAUUUAAUUUAAUUUUAAAAAAUAAUGUUUUGGUCUUAUCUGUUAUUGAUAUGUAUCUUGACAAAAUAUCUUAUCAGUAUUUUUUUUAGAAAUUAUUAAACGUUUUUUUUUUUAAAUAUCAAGGAAGGCAGUUUACAAAAUACAGAUAUUGCCAUAGAUUAAAAAUUAAAUAAUGUCUUGACAUACGAUAUUGGUAUUGGCGCGAAAAUGUAUAACAAAUUAUUUCUAAUAGAUUAUGAAACAAAUGAAAUCACAUUUCAUUUCGAAUGUAGCUUAAUAAUGUGACUGUUAUAAGAAUCCCACUUAAUAAAAAAGAAAACCGUAUAAAAAGAUUUUGAUAGUUCAGUAAUUUGUUCAAUUGGAUUUAAUUAAUAAAAUGUUUUAUUGUAGGCAGUGAAACCUCAAUAUAAGCUAUAAAAUAGAAAGAAAAAAAUAUGUUUGACGUACAGCUGUUAUCACUAGUAAAUUAUAAGAUAUUAAAAAUGUUUCGAAGCAUGCUAGUCAUAGUUGUUUAGGUAAUAUAGAAUAGAUUAAAAAUGAUCGAACUGUAACUGAAUACAGACAGUAAUAAACUAAUAGAAAGAUUGAAUUUAAAAAAAAAGUAAUUUUAUUCAAUAAGUUUAUUAAAAUUACUGAUAAUUUACGAUAUUCUUUUUAAUGAAAUUAUUGCAUGUAAUAAUUAAUUUCAAUAUAUUUUUAAAGAAAAUUUUAUAACAUAAUAUACGAGUGUGUAUGUACCUCGAUGAACUAAAAUUAAGAAAUGGUUAAAACAUCUUGACGCGUCCAACGCUAACACCAUCAGGGUACCUCGGAAAUAGAAAAAAUUAAAUAUCUUUAAAAUCGUUGAUAAUAUCGUCGUAGACUUGUGCUUAAAAUUUAGAAUAAAAGACGAAAUCGUGAAAUAAAAAAAGCUGAUAUUAGUGUAAAUAAAAUAUCGUUUAUCAACAAAAUAAUGUAUCCAUUAUUUAUGCGGUAAAAAUUGCAACAGAUUGAUUUAAAUUUAUAAACUUUUAAUUCAACUUCGUAAUUAUUCUCUAUUCCAAUUUAAAUAACAUUAAUUAGCGACAAUUAAUGUUUUUAUCCUUUUAACAGCGAUUAAAUGUUAUUAAUAUUUUUUAAUGUAUUAAAUAAUAAAUUACUGUAAUUAAUUUGAUUCGGUGACAUUCAAAUGGAAAUCUUUAUUCAAUAAAGAUUUUAAAAAAAGUAUUCAAAAAUAAAUACCAUAGAUCUGAAAAAAAAAACCGGUUAAUUUACCGGUCUUUUGACGAUUUUUUAAUGUUUAUUUAUAAUUAUAGUUUUUUUGAAUAGCACUAAGGCGAUCGUUUUAUUUACAAAAUGUGUUAUAUUACCUAUGCUAAGUCACAUUACAACAGUUUAAAAAUAGAAUAUAUUCUGCUUUUGAAUACUAAGUCUUCUACUUAACCGCAAAAUUAGCAGUUUCUUUCAAUAACUGGAUCUCGUAUUUACGGAUGAGAAACAUGAAUGCAUUACAAAGUGUACUUAAGACGUACUAAAUUAAUGCGUGUAGCUUUACAUAUAAAUACAUUUGCUACUUUCGUAGCAAUUGAAUUUAAAAAAGAAAAAUAAACUAAAUUCCAAAUAGGAUAAAAAUAGUUUAUAGUUUUAAAUAUAUUAUUGAUACCUAAUUUGUUAUUCCUUCGCACUUAAAUUAUUUAAAAAGAAAGUUUUACUUUGAAUCAAAAUAUUCUUUGUUUGAUUUAAUAUGUAUAAUGAGAAAGUGUAAUCCGUUAUAUUUUUGAUUGAAAACAAUUAAAUUCGUUGUAAAUCCCUGUAAUUUAAGAAAAAAAAAAACUUAAUUUAUUUCAUAAAUAUCGCUCAAAGGAGCCAUAUGUUCGUUGUAAGUGUUUCGUAGUUAGCUUCGGGAUGACAUCCCACACUAGUUGUAGCGAACUGAUAUUAUAUGUAUAAGAUAGUGAUUACAUUUUGAAAUGCGGACAUAAAAAUAUUGCCACUAA